UUAAGGCCACGGAGAAAUCGACGCCUCGCUUUCCCCGCACUAAAAGACGCGCGAAAAAAGUGUACACAAUUUACUAUAAGUCAAAUGUCUUCCGUAUUUUAAUAUCUUUACGAUAGCAAUUAAAAAUAAUAAAAUGUGUUUUUAGUUACAACUAAUUGGAACCUGACGUGAUAAAAUCAUAAUUGAUUUUUAGUGACAAAAUGUUCUAAAAAUGUGGAAUAUAAAUCUUUGAUUGAUUUACAGAUUCCAUCUCCUGCAUGAAGCCGCAGUGCGAUGAAGCCUUUUAUAAAACAGGCGUUCGUGGUGAGCGGAGCGGCAUUGAACAUAGCCGGUCAUGGAUGCGCUCACGGCUUCCCGGCUGUCCUGUUCGCCCAACUCGCCAGAGAUGGCGGGCCCGUCACGCUGACAGAUCAUGACACAUCAUGGAUUGCGUCCGUAGUCGGCGUGAUGGGCAUCGUGGGAAACUUCGUCUCCCCCGUCUUGAUGACCAGGUUCGGCAGGCAGCGAGCCCACCUCAUCUCCACUCUACCAGCUCUGCUCGGAUGGGUGGUCUUCAUCUUCGGAAACACAGUCCCCCUCUUCAUCCUAGCAAGACUGUUACACGGAUUUGCGUUAGGUCUUAGAACACCGUUAGCAGCCAUUUUAGUAGCAGAAUACACAGACCCAAAGUACCGUGGUGCAUUUUUAGGAACAUUCGCCAUUUCACUCGGCAUGGGGAUAUUUUUGUCACAUUUAUGGGGAGCGCAUUUGACUUGGAAGAUAACAGCUGCAGUGUGCUCUCUAUUCCCUUUGAUAGCCAUGGCGAUAAUAAGUCUAUCUCCCGAGUCCCCAAGCUGGCUGGUCUCUAAAGGCAAGUUCGCUGAAGCACGGAAGGCUUUCAAAUGGGUCAGAGGCGAGGGGCCUGAGCAGCAGGAAGAACUAGAAGCUAUGAUUAACGCCCAGAAACUUGAAAAGGCAGAAAAACGACCCGAAUAUGUUGAAACACAUGUCUGUAACAACAUUUUCAAGAAAAUUAUUGAAGCCAUCGGUGAAGUUGUGAAGAUCUUCAAAAAGAAAGAGUUCUAUAAGCCGGCCAUUAUUGCUAUUAGUAUGCUGGUUGUAUUUGAGUUCGGUGGAGCACAUAUGGUGGCUGCUUAUGGUAAUAUUAUUCUGCAGGUGGUUUUGGACAAGAAGGAUCCCAAAGACGUCGCGUGGCAGUUCACAGUGAUAGACUUGUUGAGGACAGUGUGUGCGUUCUUAGCUAUCUUCCUACUGAAAUACUUCAAACGCAGGACUAUUUUGUUCUCGAGUGGUGUGAUGACUGUUCUAUCAAUGACAGCAAUUUCAGUAUUCGUGUAUUUGAGAAGAGCUGAAGUCUUUACGGAACCUUGGAUGUUGGACAUAGUUCCUAUGGCUUUAAUGAUAUUGUACACUUUAUCGUUCUGUUUAGGGCUAGCUCCUCUAAAUUGGGUGAUAUGUGGUGAAGUGUUUCCAUUAGCAUAUAGAAGUUUAGGAUCAACGCUAUCCACGUCAUUUUUGACUCCUUCUUUUGUGAUUUCUAUGAAAUCAGCACCGCAUUUGUAUUCCUCAGUUGGUGUCGAAGGUGCUUACUUAGUUUAUUCAGCAAUUUUGACUGUAUUUCUAAUUAUAAUGUAUGUUUUAUUGCCGGAAACUAAAGAUAGGACUUUACAAGACAUAGAAGAUAGUUUUAAAGGUAAGAGAAGUGGUGACCCGGAAGCUCAGAUGAAGCUUAUUAUAAAAGAAGAAGGAGUCGUGGUCAAUUAGUGUGUAAUAUUUGAGCCAUUCCAAAAAUAAUGAGUCGAGGACACCACCACAUAUGACAUGCAGUUAGCGAAAGAAAAUUGGUAGAAAUACGAAAUACAAAAAAAAAAUCGAGAUUAGUUACGAAUUAACUUCUAGACCCAAAAUAUGUUUUCUUAGUAAAUACAGGGUAUAUUUUUUAACUUUAAAAGAAAAUAUUGUAAGUGUAAAUGACAAUGAUAAGAGUUUCAAAUCUUAACUGGAAAAUCUUUCCGUCUUGCUAUUAUCCGAAUUAAUUUGAUGCCUGGGUUCAAAAAUAUAUUCCGAGUUUACUUUUGCCAAUGACGUAAUAUGGUAGGUCAUAUAUUAUUUUUAUCUUAUAACAUGCUCUCCUUUAUAAGUGUGAUUUAUACUGUUUAGUGAGAUUAAAAAUAAUUAUAAAUAGUAUUUUCUUAUAUGGAAUAUUUUUAAGAGCAGAUAAUAGUUUUAAACAUUAGGUACUUUUAAGAUGACAGAAUUGUACAAAUAGAUACCAAUAAUAAUAGAUUUUGUUACAUAUAA